AUGUCACAUGAAAUCGAUUUAAGUACUAUUGAACUCGAAUAUCUCAAACACCUAACUAAAGAGGUAAUAUUUUAUAUAAUAAUUGAUGAAUAUAUUUUUAUUUAUCCUCUAUUAUAAGCAUUUAUUUUAAAUUUUAAUGUAUUAUAUGUGUAUAUUUGUUACAGGAACUCAUUAAUACAAUUUUAGAACUGAAAAAUCAGAAUCUUAAUUUAAAGAAGCUCAAAAAUCAAAUUGAAAAACCUAAAAGAAGUUUUGAUUUUACAAAGUAUGUACUUAGUAUCUACUAAACAACCACAUUUUUAAGAUUUUUAAAUAAACAUUGUAAAAUAUUAUUAGAUAAUUAAAUAUAUAUAGUAUACUUUUAGAAAAUAUUUAGUUAUUGUUAUUUCUACAUUGUUCAAAGAAUUUAUACCAAUCAUUUUACAUUUAAAAUUAUUUUUUUUCUUAAUGGUUUUACUCUACUAAUAUGGUUAAUUAAUAAGUCCGUUUUACAAAAUUCAUUAAAUUAAUAUUUAUUUUUAUGAUAUUACUUAAAAUAAAAAUGUCUUUGGAAGGGGAUCAAAAUACUACCAUGAUUACCUGUUGUUAGAGACAACAAACGGGGUUGUGUCAGGUUGACGUCUGGUGUAAAAUUUUGUUAAAACAGUAUUUGGAGCUAUAAACAAAAUUUGGGCAAAUUUUCUGAUAUCUGAUUUGUACUGGGACAACUGGUGAGAUGAUCUAGAAAAAAUUAUCAAUAGGCCUAUGGGAUGGAAAGUAGCACUUUCUAAAGUAGUAAAAAAAAUAUAUAGAUUAUAGAGUAUACAUUUUGAAGAACAGGGACAAGAUAAAUAUUGGCAACAAGCGAUGAAGUAAUAGGUGAGAUUGAAAUCUUUAAGUACCUAGAUUUUUUUAGUCUGGUGGCUUUGGCGAGGAUAUGAAACAGAGGAUUAAGUGUGGUUGGAUAAAGUGGAGAGAAGCGUUUGAUGAUUUAUAUGACAGGAGGGUGGGUUCAAUGAAAGUUAAAGAUAAGUUCUAUAAGAUUGUGGUAAGUCCAGCUAUGUUGUAUGGGUUGGAGUGUUAAGCUAUAGACAGAACAAUAGAACAGAGAAUGAAUGUAGUAGAGAUGAGAAUGCUUAUGUGGUUAAGUGGAGUGAUGAGAGAGUAUAGGAUAAGGAAUAUUUACAUAAGAGGUAACUCAGGUGUAGCUCAGAUAAUGGACAAAAUGAGAUAAAUCAGAAAAUAGACUAAGAUGAUUUGGGCAUGUCACAAGGAGAGACAAAUCCGAAGCAGUAAGAAUUAUAAUGGAAAUAAAUGUAGGAUGAAAGAAUAGGAGAGGAAAACCAAAAAAGAGGUGGUUGAAUGUGAAUGAGAAAGAUUUAAGGAUGGUAGAUUUGUGCGACGAUAAUGCAGUAGAUCAGGUAAAAUGGAGAUUUCAGACAAGGGUGCCUGACCCCAAAUAGUUGGGAUGGAGACAAAGAUCUACUAUAAAAAUGUAUAUCUAUUUAAAACAAUAUAUGUAUCAUUUAUCUAUUAAUUUGUUUUGAAUUCUAUGAUAUAAUUGCAUAAUGCAUACAUUUUAAGAUUCAGAAAACUAUUAACUAGGUGUUUAAUUUAAAAAUUAUUUUAACAGGAAGUAGGUAAAUGUGUGUUUUUAAAAUUAUUUUACCUGAUUAGGUAAUUAAAAUACAUUUUGAAACUAAUAUAUAUAUAUAAUUUUUUAAUUUUUUAUAGGUAUCGAAAGAGGCAUGUAGCCUUUAAAUUAUUAUACCUUGGAUGGGAUUAUCAAGGAUUUGCAACACAAGAUUGCACUAACAAAACUAUUGAAUAUGAAUUAUUUAAUGCACUAACCACAUGUUGUUUAAUUGAAAGUCGACAAACAUCAAAUUAUCAUCGCUGUGGACGAACUGAUAAGGGUGUUAGUUCUUUUAGCCAGGUAAAAAUAUAAUGCAAUAAUAUGUAUUUUUUAUUUUAUUUGUCUACUAGGAAAACAAUUGCAUUCAAAUUAUGGCUAUAACCGUCAGCCAGAAGCUUACAAUUGUCAUAAAUAAUCUUGUUUUAAAACCACUCAUAAAAAUUGUUUUUAUUUAUUUUGCAGGUAAUUUCUUUGACUGUACGAAGUAAUGGCAAUGAUACCAAAGAAUUGCCCUACUGUAAAAUGCUCAAUAGAUUAUUACCAAAGGAUAUAAGGAUAAUAGCCUGGAGUCCAGUAAAUGAAGAUUUCAGUGCACGGUUUAAUUGUGGGUCUAGAACAUAUAAGUAUUGGUUUCCUCGUGGUAACCUUGAUAUUGAUGUAAGUAUACUAUGUAUACCUUUUGUAUGUUGCAACAAGUAAUAUAACUAUUUUAUUUGUAGUUAAUGAAUGAAGCAUUACAGCAAGUAGUUGGAACUCAUGAUUUUCGUAAUUUUUGUAAGAUGGAUGUUGGAAAUGGUGUCGUACAAUAUUUUAGAAGGAUUAUAAGUGCUAAUGUUAAAAUAUGCUUUGAAAAUAAUCAAUUCUUGAUCAAUAGAGCUUAUGACAUGUGUGAACUUACUAUUGUGGGCAAAGCAUUUCUUUGGCAUCAAAUUCGGUGUAUAGUUUCAAUACUUAUAUUAGUUGGAGAACAUAAAGAAAAUAUAAAUAUUUUUAGAGAAUUAUUGAACGUUGAAGAUUGUCCUAGGUACCAUAUCAAGUGUUUAAUGAUUAAAUUCAUAUAAUCAGUAUUUGUAUUUUAGAAAACCUCAAUAUUCAUUAUCCAGUUAUUUACCACUGAAUUUAUUUGAUUGCCAAUUUGAAAAUGUUAACUGGAUUAUUGAAAAUGAAUCUUUAUCAGAAGUUGUUUCGAGUCUUCAGUGUUCAUGGGCUACACAUUCAAUAAAGUAUUUUUUUUUUAUCAUAUUGAAAAUUUAUUCCUUAAACUUUUAAAUUAAUUUUGAAUUAAUAUUCAAUUUUCAAAGAGCAACUUAUAACUUUAAAUACAUUUUUCAAGACAGAAUAGUUUUCUACAAAUAUUUAUAAACUAAAGGGCAAUCCAACAGUUUAUGAUUUAUUAACAUUUAAAGUUUAGAUAAGAGAUUUAGAGUGACAAUGAAUUCUAAAUAUUAAUAAGUUAUAAACUGUUGAUUCAAUCUUUAUAAAUUAACAUGUUCAACAAAUUAUUCUAUAUUGGACAGUUACGAAAUACUUGUGCCACAUGAAAGGUAUACAAUAAUUUAUAAAAUGUAUGUCCAAAUGAGAAAUAUAUCAAAUACUUAUAGGUUUGAUUUUUUAAAAAAAAAGGCUUUUCUUCUAUUCAUUAUCUCUGUUCAAGGUUUACUGCACAAAUAUAUCUGUAUGUAAUAUAAGGAAUGAUAUUGAGGGCAAAUUUAUAUCAAUCAUCUACUUCCAUAAACAAAUUCCUAGAAAAAAAAAUGUCCAUAAAAAACCCUCAGGAAAAAAUCCCCAAAGCAACUAUACUGUUAAAAAUAUGUUUAAAAAAAAAAUUAAAUAUAGUAUAACCAGUCAAUGGUUAGAUUAUUACUAACUGUAAUACCUAUAUAAUAAUAAUGACAGAUACCAAAUAUCUAUGUUUAAAUCAUUUUUAUUUUAUAUGUUUUAAAUUAUUUUUUCAAUUCCACAAUCUAUCGUUCUAAAUAAUUGAUUUUAGAAUAUAUAUAUAGCCAAUGACGCCAUGGCAAAGGGAUAUUUGGUAACUAAAAUUUUAGUUAUGUGGGCUUCCCUUGAGAGAGUUGCAGUUAUAUUCAACAAAUUAUUUUUCUGGAAAAUUAGUUGUUUCGUUUGUAAUCUAUAGACUAAAAUACUACUGGGCCAAUAGUCUGCGUUGUUAGGACAACGUUUAAAGCUAUCGUACUAACAUCCCCCCAAAACUAGAUUAUUUUACUUUACAUUAUUUAAAGCCAUAUUGUUUUUAUAUAAUUCGUAUUCAUUGAACAUUGAACUGAUGGAUACAAUUUUAUCGGAAGUAUUGUCUUCUUCAGGUUGGUUAAUUUUGAUAUAAUUCAAUCCACUAAUUACAUCAAACUCAAUUAAUUGUGUGACCAUUAUGAUCGGAUAUACAAAUUUUAGUACAAUAAAGAUAAAAUUUUGAAACAACGAUUACUUGUCAUAAUUAAUAAAAUAUAGUGAAAUAUAUAUAACUAAAAAUAAUUGUCAUAACAAAAGAAUGAGAAAAUUAGUAUUAUCGGUUUUUAUAAAUAUAACACUUAUUAUAGAUAAAAUAUUUUCCAACAUAACUAAAAAUAACUAUCAUAACAUAAAUAUAGUCAUUAUGCAUUUAUAUAUAAUAAUUGAUACAAAUUAGUACAUACAAUAUAAGAGUUUUGCCGGGAUCUUUAAUCCCUUCACUGCCCUUACAUAAUAUCCAGUUUGUCAUUGUAACCGGUGUCAUUACUAACAGUUUGUAAUGUAUAUAAUAUAAUAUAAGUAAUUCUUAAAAUAAGACAUAUUUUCACAAAAUAUUAUGCAUAUAUUUUAUAUUUUAUCUUACAAUUUUAUUGAGUUUUAUAAUGAUUCAUGCUUUAAACCAAUUGUCAUUUAACAAUAAUUUUUGCUUCAUUUAGUAAUAAAAAGCACAGGCUUAAAUCAACAGAUUAUAUUUAUAUCUGUGUAAACAUCUUCUGUAUCUUGAAUUUACCACAAGAACAAUGACCUUAAUUUACUGUUUAAUUAUUUAUUUUAAAAUUUAAAAUAAUCAUAAUUUAAUAUUUUAAAUGUUAUGCAAUUCCAUUUUUAUUAUUUUCUGGAAAAUAUUUUCUCCUAAAUGUUAUUAUAAUUAUAAUUGUGCACCUAUAUUAUAAAGUUAGUGGAUGGAACUUUUUAUACUUUUUUUCUUAACAAAAACAAUUUAUGUAAAUCAGUUGUAGAUACAUAGUUAGGAUAUUUCUUUAGACUGUAGUCUUUUGAUUCUUAACAUGAUAACUUUUAGGGUAUAAUGAUUUGUUUAUAAUAUAAAUAAUAAAACAAGAUAAAGUGUAUUAUUAAAAAAAUGAUGUUUAUUCAAAUAAUUUACAGAGCUACAAUGUUGGGAGAAAUGUUAAAAAAUACAGAAACGUUAGCUGUAAACAAAAUUAACAAUCAAAGCAACUGGCUAAUAGAAGGUGUUACAUCUAAAAUUUAUCAACCACUUCUAAAGAGACCUGCUAGUGGUAAUACAAAAUAUAUAUAUAUAUAUAUGUGUACUUAAUAUAAUUUAUUUAAAAACAGUACUAUGAAAUAAUUUUCUUACAACUUUGCACUUAACAUUAUCAGUCAACUUUUAGUAUGUACUCAGCCAAUGUCUGUACAGGAACUAUUUAAUUUUAAAUAUAAUUAUUAUAAAAAAACAAAAUUAUUAUACUUUUAUAUUUAGAAACAGUUUUUAUUUUUUAUUGAGCUUUAAAUUACCCAAAUGUAUGUGUAAAUAUUAUUAAAAUAUAAACAUCAAUGUUUAAUUGGUUAAUAAUGAUAUGUUUAGUGUAAAGGAUUGAAAAUUUAUAUUUUAUAAAUGUUCUCUAAUUAUCAUAGAUAUUACAAUAUGUUUAUUUCAUUGAAUGGGCAUUCUUAUAAAGUAUUUUUGAUUAUAUAUUUUUUAUUUUUCAGCAAGUCUAGAGAAUCGUAUUGAACACUACAAAAAGAAAGGAAAGCUCAAAUUAGAAAGCAAAUAA